AUGUGCGGUGCUCCGACAACGACCAAAGCUGCUGUCAUGACACCAUACCAACGUCGAAGGUCAGAUGCUAGCUCAGCUGAUCAUAGCGUCAUCUCCGCCAUUACCAUGGAUGAGGAGUUUGGUUCCCAUCACAGUCGGUCUCUUCACCGAUUCGAUCCAAAACUUCGUUCGCUGAUGGAACAAAAGCGUUCCUCUGAUCCGGACGAAGAAGAAGUGAAGCAGUGCUUGAAUGAACUCCGAGUUCCUGGGAGAAACGACGAUCGCUUCUCCAGCUGUUCGGAAGGUGACAAGCAGUUGUGUGCCAUCCCUCGUAGAAGAAUGUCUGUGGAAAUGGAAUUGUGCAUCAAGCCAGCUCAAUACUACAGCCAAUAUGAUGGCGAGACAAAGGAAGAUGAUGAGGACGAUGAUGCUUCUCAGGCUUCAAUGGAAACCUUGGAAGGUAGCCAAUAUGCGUACGAUUCCAUUGAAAUGGGGUUUGAAGACGAACAAGAAUGCGUGUAUAAGGUACCAAUGAAAGCUGGUGAAGACAAUCCCAACCAUGAGGGUCGACCACGUCGCAACUAUCGAAGAAGAGUCAGAAGUGGUACUUCUUCGGUUACAUUGUGGGUUGCUGCUUCGUCUUCGGUCUCGAGUGACGACAGCCCUCACAGUCCUCAUUCUGAGGGGGGUCGCCCACGUCGGAACUAUCGGAGAAGAGUCAGAAGCUCUGCUUCUUCGGUUGCCUCUUCCAUUGUCAGUGACGACCAAAGUUAUGGCUACAACCGAAUCUCAUACCCAUAG